AUGUCUUUGAAGACCGUCGUCCUAGUGAGCUUAUUGGGCGCAUUCCCUUUCGUGGAGGCCUCCCCUAAGAAGCACAACAACGCAGCAACAACCAAGGUAUCGCCGUCGGAAUAUGCAGCAAAUGUAUCGGCUUCAGCACCCACGCUUCGAACAUUCAAUAGCUCGCAGCUGCAUACACCUUUCACCGGAACGCCAACUACCACCGGUGCUCUGACGGCAUCUUCCAUCGGAACGGGAAUCUCUAGGCUAGGUGUUGCGCCUGGAGCGACAAGCUAUCCUGCUGAUGGAAGGCUUCAUUCUGCCGAGCCUGCUCCCUAUGUCCCGGCAGGUGGCGUCGGGACAAACGGAAGUGAACCUGUCUACAAUACGAAGAGCGAUUUCGACUACGAAUCAUUGUCUCUCGCUUUAUACCAGGAAUGGAUCGAGCUUGACCUUUUCCAGGACGGGCUUAGACGCUUCAGCGAGUCGGACUUCCAAGCUGCGGGUCUUACAUCUGCAGACCGUCAGUUGAUUGCCUUCAUGGCGCAGCAGGAGAUAGGUCAUGUCACAAUGCUCAGCAACAUCUUGGGAUCCUAUGCUCCACAGCAAUGUUCCUAUAUAUUCCCGUACACAAAUGUCCGAGAAUUUAUCGACUUCUGCCAGAAGCUUACUCGCUUUGGCGAAGCUGGCGUGUACGGGUUCUUGGCUCACCUUGACUCGCGCGAGGCGGCCACUCUGUUAACCCAGGCUAUUACUACGGAGGCACGCCAGCAACUGAUCUUCCGCCAGUUUGAGAGGCUUUUCCCGAUGGUUGAGUGGUUUGAAGUCGGCAUACCCCAAUCAUGGGCAUGGACACUGUUGGCACCUUUCAUCAGUUCUUGUCCGGACAAUCAGACCCGCUUGGUUUGGCAGAAUUUCCCUGCGCUGAUGGUUGUCAAUCAACCUAAUCCUUGGAAUGGAGGAUCUGCUGCUGCGAAUUCAACCUCGCGGUGGAAUCAGACUUCUGCGUCGAAUUACACAUCAAGUAUUGACCGAACUGCCAAUUUCACUCAAGCUGCAGGAUACAGCUUCAACCAAAGCACUGGGGCCAACGGAACAGUCGGACCGGGUGUCAGUAUCCCCAAGUCACCAAAAAAUUCAAUGCCACUACGGCGGGCUCCAGCUCCGUGGGACCUUCCGGGAAAGAAUGUCGGUCCCAAUAACAGCUACAUCACCUCGACCGAGGCAGACGCUGGUAGCGCGAGGUAUGUUGCCUGGGUUUCGCAGCUCAACAUCACCUACACGCCUCUGCGCAUUGUCAAUGGUCUCAAUGUCACCAAUGGCACCACUACCACUAAUAGUACUACCAACAGUACUUUGAAUGGCAUUCGAGGCUACACCACCCAGCCUAACUUCGAAACCUACCAGGGCAACCCGGCUGUCAAUGGAACAAUGUUUAUUGCCAUAACAGACAGUGACCCGUUCCUGAGUCCGUUCAAUUUGAGCUUGAUCAACCGGCAUGUGAUUGCCGGUCCGGCCUUGUAUCAGGCUGGUUGA